GGGUUCCGAGCCGGAGCGGCUCUUCCCUCAUAUGGUGGUUCUUUAACAGCAGGAGAAGCAGUAUUUGAUUGCAUUUUCUUGUGAGCUGGUGACCUGCCCUGUAUGGAAUCUUCUACAUAUGGUAUAAGUGGAAAGAUGUAGCUAUUGUGGCUGCUCUGAGUUCAGAUUCCUGGGUUUGGAGGCUGCGUAAUCUACACCCUCUGUGUGAAUGACAUAUGGAGGUGGGUCAAGCAUCACCCAUGAAGCAUUCCCUACAUGGAGACCGGGAACCCUGAAAGUCAUCGCAUUUAAAUUUCCUUCCCUUGUAUCUAAGUCGCUGGUGCUUGGACUCCUGUAGGCCUGACCUUGGGUGCAUAUACAUCCACCAACGAAACACUUUGGUUUUCCUUGAUAACAAUGAGGCGUGAUAGACCACAAGAGCGGGCAGCCAGCUGGCCAGCGGAGCACAUAAAGGUGCUCCUUGCCCUGUGGACCGAGGCAGCAGUUACUCAUGAUCUUAGCUCCCAUGGGAGGAACCGUGCAGUCUAUGAUGGCAUUUCUCAGCGCCUUGCGGAAAUGGGCAUUUACCGAACCGGGGACCAGUGCCGAGAGAAAAUGAAAGGUCUGAAAGUGGCUUACCGCAAAGCUAAAGAAAAUAACUCGGUGGGACGGCCACCUAUCAAGUGUCCAUUCUAUGACGAGAUUGACCAGAUAAUGACACAAUAUAUAAACUGCAGGCCAGGCUUUCCCUCGGAGGUUGGUGAGGGGCCCAGUGUCACUGCAGACAGACAGGAAGGCCUCUCCAUCUCUGAGCCCUGGGGGACCCAGUCUGGCAUCUCUGAGCGUUGGGGAUCCCAGGCCUCUGGGCACUGGUUGUCACAGACUGCUGCUUCUGAAAGCCAAGGGACUGAUGAAUUCAGCUACGCCCAGGCAGAGUCCCAGGAUGCCUUUGGUGAGAUCCAAGUCAUCCCAGUUCAGGUGAAGGAAGAGGAAUCUGAAGACGAAAUAUCACCUGAGCUGGAUGUGGCUUCACCUAUAGUGAUGGAUACCCAACCUGCACCAAGACAUCUCAUCUCUAUGCUUGACCAACGUCCCCACCUUCGAACCCGUAAGCAAAAAGCUCAGGGGGAUGGGCAGUCAGGCUACCAAAGAGGUGCUGGCCAGAAAUGUAACCGUUCACAUCAGCUGGAGCUGCAGCGAAUGCAGAGACAGGUUGUCAGCCAAGCAGAAGAGAAACAAAGUUUAGCUGACUUCAUCCAACAUGACAAGGAGAUGCGCCGUGAAGAUAGGGAGUUCCAGGCCCAGCUUUUUGAGAAGUUGUUUCAGAAACAAACUGAGCUUGUCCAGGUGCUGACUCAGCGACCACCUGCCAGUCCUACCUCCACAGCCUGUACCAAUGCUCUGCAGACCUUGCAGGUGCCCACAAAGAAUGGAGCAGGUACAGCUGCAGGUCCUGGAUCACAGCUACAGGCUUUGCUAGAGCAGAUAAUGCAAGCUGAAGUUUCAGGGAAGGGCCUAACCAGACUCGCAGUGAAGGAAGCCCUUGGAGGAGCAGUGAAGGUGCCCCCUGAAGUGCAGUACUGGACUGCUGAAGAGAUACUGAGGUGGCUUCUGUCUCAGCAGUCUCCCGGAGACCAAUGUCAAGAGGUGCUGACAGGCCAGAGGCCACCUCUUGUUCCUGGGCAUGUGGGAGCAACCAGAAAGGGUGAGCAUCCAGAGGCACAGCUCUCUCUUUUGAAUCCAUUGUGCGAUUCCUACCAGAGUUCUGGACUGCGUGGUAAAGGCCAACUUCAUAGCAAGGCCCAACAACUCCGUAGCAGCCACUGUGCUAAAGCGCUGGAGACAGACAUAGACUUAGAGGCGCAGCGUCAGUCUUUCAGGCAGUUCCACUACCAGGAAGCCCAGGGACCCCAGGAGGUUUACAGGUGCCUGUGGCACCUAUCCCAUCAAUGGCUGAGGCCAGAGGUCCGUACCAAAGAGCAGAUCAUGGAGCUGCUGGUUGUUGAGCAGUUUUUAAGUAUCCUCCCUGAGGAGAUCCAGACCUUGGUACGUGAAUGUCAGCCAGAAAAUGGCAAGGAGGCUGUGGCCCUGGCAGAGAGGUUCCAGCUUCACUUUGAGUCCAAGAGGCAACGGGACCAGACACGGAUGACAUCUGAUGACAUCGUUGCAGAUUCCCCUCAAGAAGAAUUGGAUGAGGAUCGGAGACAGCCUUGCAUUAAAGACAGUCAAGAGAACUCUCGGAGGGCUGGCUUACUCGGUACAGAUGUGCACCUUCGGCUGAGGAAGAGACCAAAGUCAGGUCCAAGGGAACGAAUUGCUCCCAAACAGGAUGGAGAACAUGGAGAUGCAGCAGCAAAGCAAAGGAAGAUGGAUAAUAGCUUAGAGAAGCAAGAGACGACUGAGGCUGGGGAGAAGGCAAAGCAAAAACCAACCCCUGUGCCAGGAAAGCAAGCUGGGAAAACAAAAGGGCGGGGAAGAUCUGUUCCAGGGUGUGAGGUUGUUGUGGUUGGGGAGAACCAGGUUGAGGGGGAAGCCAAAAUAGAAGGCAGUGGCAGAGUUUCAGAAGCUGUGAAUGGGGUACACUCUUCCAGUACAUUGUGUGAGCAGAAAGCAUCAGCUGGCCUUGGGCCAUCUCGAUUGGUUUUUGACAAGGAUGUCAAUUUGUCCAGCCCCCAACGUGGGAAUGAUGGUCACAUGUCUCCUGAGGUAGAUGGACCUUCACUCAGUGACAGCAUUGACAUUUUACUGGAUUCUCCCUGGAGUGGAAAUGGCAGUGGUGACACAACUCACAAUGGGCCAUCUGGUUCCAGGAUGCUACCACCCUGUGCCAGCUGCACCAUGUUGAAAGCUGAGCUGGAUACUGUACGUGCGGAGCUCAGACUCACUCAAGCUUCCACCUUGUAUGGGCUGAGUGGUUCCUCUUUACAAGACUUAUCAGACGCUCUUGGCACUGUUGUGCACAUCCUCAACAACAGGAAGUCCCCAUCAGCAACAAGUGCAUCCCAGAAUGUCACAGAAAUCCCUAGUAGGCCAGUAUGGCGAGAGAGAAACCAUUUCUGAAACGUCACAUGGGCCGAAUUUACCCCAGCACCAAGAAAUUCAGCAGCAAUAUUGACACCAUUAGGAUGAGGACCUGAAUUAAAAAGGGAAAAAGUGCCCUCAGCUCUUGGUUGUCUGAGACUUAUAACUGACCUUGCUACAUUCAUUCCCCCACCCCCCACCUCCACCUCCUUCUCCUCCCUCAUAGGACAUCAUGUAAGUUCCUCAGGCUGCAGCAAGCUCCAGAGCUGAUGCUCUUUGGUUGCUGUAGUGCAGAUGUUGAUUGUCAUUACUUUGUCUUUUUAAUGUUACUCUAGGCUUUGUGUGUGUGUGUUUUUUUAUACAGUAGUAGUUGUUUCUUCCCUUUCCUGCUUGGGUCUAAAACCUCUAAAUAAAGCAACUGGGAAUGA